AUAUCAAAACGUCAAAUUUAAACAUUCAUUGACAUUUUAAAAAUGACGAGUCAAAUUUCCGUUUACGAAUCGGCCCAUAAAGGUGAUUUUGAGGUAAUUCGAGUUGCGGUCGAAGAUAAUCCGUUAUUAGUACUUAAACAAGAUGAUAAUGGGAGAGUUUUAUUGCACUGGGCUUGUCUCAGUGGAAACUUAAAGUUAGUCGAAUAUCUAAUCGAAAAGAAUAGCCCGAUCGAUCCAGAUGAUGAUACCGAUUCAACGCCGUUAAUUUUAGCCGCUUCCGCUGGUCGAGUUGAAAUUGUUAAGUUUUUAAUAUCAAAUAAAGCGGAUGUAAAUCAUAAAACGAAUCAAGGACACUCCGCUUUACAAUAUGCUUGUUCGAAAGGAUGGGAAGAAAUCGUUGAAGUUUUGUUAGAACACUCUGCUGAUAUAAAUAUUUCUGAUAUCAGAGGGGCAACACCAUUACAUAGAGCAGCUUCAAAAGGAAAUCUUUCAGUUAUCCAAGUUCUCUUAAAAUUUAGAGAGGACAAACGUUUGAAAAUAAAUCCAAAAGAUUCUUACGGAAACUCACCUUUGCAUUUGGCUUGUGAAGAAGAUAGACAAGAAGUGGCAAAAUUAUUAGUAGAAAAUGGAGGAGAUUUGGAUGGUGUAAAUGUGGAAAAACAAACUCCUUUGGAUUUGUGUAGUAGGAAUUUACUAAAAGUUCUUUCUACCAUAAAGAAAGAGUAAAAUUAAUGUGAUUAAAAUAUUUUUAAAAAAAUGGUUAAUUGUUUCAUUUAAGAAACAGAAUAAAAUUUUAAUAAGUAA